AUGAGCGGAACCACAGAGGAAAGUCAUGUCAGAGUCCUACAAGCUCCUUUGAAAAGAGAUGUUGCAAGACCUGUUGCAAACUUGGGUAAUACCUGCUAUAUGAAUGCUGUUCUUCAAGCGUUGGCACAUGCUCCUGAGCUUUGUAUGGCUUUAGAUGUCGAGUCUCACCAUGUCAACUGUCCAGUUUUUACGGAAAAUGAUCUGAAAAGACGGCCAUCUCCUUCGUCAUCACCUGAUGGAGAAGACACGGCUUUCAAACCUACCGGAACUCGCAAGUCGAGGCGUUCGGCUGGUAAGAAAAGUCCCUCCAGUCAAGGCGAUGACAGCUCUGUGUUUUGUGCGCUCUGUGAAAUGGAGCUCCACUUUGCUCGAGUUCACAAUGCUGCAAAGGGCAGAGAUAAACCAGUUGCACCCACAAGGUUUGUUAAUGGUUUUAUCAACAAAAUUGCCCCGCAUUUUAAAUUAGGUCAACAAGAAGACGCGCAUGAGUUCUUGAGACUUUUGAUUGAUGCCAUGCAACGGAGUUGCAAGAAAGCCAGCACGACUCCUUGUAAUCCUCAAGACACACCGCCCCCGGAAUCAAAGACGCCGGAAUCUGAGUAUCCUUUCCAGCUCUUUCGAGGGACUGUUGAAUCGAACGUAACUUGUGCUGCGUGCAAUGCAAAGAGUUCCAAGAUUGACCCCAUCGAAGACAUUGGUCUGGAUGUGUCGCAAGCCUCGUCGUCGUCUGGCGUUUUGAGUGAUGUUGGAUCGGCACUGAAGAGAUUUGCUAGAGCCGAGCCUCUUGAUACCGGCUACAAGUGCGAAAGUUGCGGAGCCGUUGGUCAAGCAACAAAACAGUCUCGACUGGCAUCGAUUCCUCCGAUCCUUACCCUUCAUUUGAAACGCUUCCGCUAUGGUGCUGAAGCACAAAAGACUGUAUUAACUGGAACUGGUCCAGGAGGCAGAAGAAGCAACCGAUCUGAAUUGAGUCAACUACUAGGUUCAGGCACUGCUGAUUUCUAUGGUGGAAAGUCAGGAUCCGCGAAGAUUGAAGGUCAUUCAAAGUAUGAACAAAUUCUGGACCUCAAACCAUACUUGACAGAAGAACUGCAAUCCCAGCAUUCAAAGAUGUUUUGUCGUUUGUUUGCUGUCAUUGUGCAUGCUGGAAAGAAUUCCCACUCUGGUCACUACGUUGCUUAUGUGAGAAAUAUUGUGAAGAAUCAGUGGUGUAAAAUGGACGACUCUAGAGUUGCUGCUGUUUCGGUUCAAGAAGUUAUGAAUGCAGAGGCAUACAUGCUGUUAUAUCGUGUUGUAGAGCAUCCAGUUGCGAUUCGUCUUCGAAACGAGCAAAUCAAGCUACACGAGGGUUACGAGAAGGACGCCAGAGAAAUCGAAAGGGUUGACGUUAAACCUGAUAUGGAAAUGGCUCCAAUAUCGACAGAGGCUCUGUCACCAAUAAAUCUCGAGACUGACGAAAAACAGUUCGGUUCUAGGGAAUCAGACAAGAACAAGGCGGCGCCGGCAAGGACCAAUCGAAAGCGAAAAGCUCCUUCCUACUCAUGUGGAAAGGACUGGGCCUUUAGAACAACAAGGUUACCACGAAGUGUUAUUGAUGUCUUCCGCGAUAUCGAGAACAUGAUUAGUGAUUAUGUGCAGUUCAAGCCGGAAUUCUUCAAGCUGCUCACUGAGCAGGCUUCAAAGACAAAUGCCAAAGUGGGGCAACAGCUUGCCUAUGGCGUCAGUGAAAAUGACGUUCAAGGCGGUACUGGUAAGGUCAAGGGCGCUCUUUUGAAGAUGUUCUAUGAACUUGAAAAGCAUCACGGAGUGAAGUACUUUCAAGAUAAGAAGGACGACCAAGCUAUCAACUUGAUGGUUGAUCAGAAUCAAGACACUUUUCUUUAA